AUGGCAUCUUCACUACAAUAUUCUGCACAUAAAUCGUCAUCAAAAGAAAAUGGUCAAUAUAAAGCCAAACAUAAAACUAAAAAUUAUCAAUUUCUACCACAAGGUGAAUCAACUCGUAUUGAUGAAGAUAAAAAAAUACCAUCAGAUACGAGAAUAAUUUUACGUAUUAAUGCUUUUCAUGAAUCAUAUCGUUUAUUAUUAUAUUCACGAUUGUAUAUUCUUAAUCAUACAGAUCUUAAACUUAUUGAAAAUAAUCGAACAUUAAUUAAUGUUAUUCAUACACAAUAUUUAGUUUUUCCAAAAGAAAAAUAA